UUCAGUCGGUCAGCUCGAUUUUUAACACGGUCUCACAGAAAUAUUGUUUACAGAUGAUUUAAAGGAAGAGAUGACCUAUUUUUAACUCUUGAAGCAUCUCAUCUUUUUGUUUAUAUUAUUCAAUGAGAAAUAUAAUAUAGGAAUAUAUCUUGUGUAUGUUACAAAAGUAACGCAUGCUAUCGUGUCCCUUGAGCUGUCAAAGAAAAGAAAAACAACAGCUGUAUAGCAGCUCAGUUUUAUUGGACUUCGUUUUUGAAGACCCACUAAAAUGUUGAGUUUUUUCGGAUUCAAGAAGGAUGCAGCCAAAAAAUCUUCAUCCGAGAAAGAAACGGAUGGAUUCGUCAUUAUUGGUGAAACUGUGGAGGAGCAGCGACAAAAACAGUCCUUGGACGUUGUGCAGCUGACAACAAAUGUAGUUGUACAGCCAUCUAAACCAUCCAUCGCUGGGAUCAGAGGAAUUACAGAGAGGGCUCAGCCUUCUUCCCAGGCCACAUCGUCUAUGACAUCCACAGAAACACACAACACAGACGUUACCCUUGCACUCCCUGAACUUCUAGGAGACAUACCCUUCACCCUAGCACCACACAUCCUCGCCAUGCAGGCGGGCCUACCCCUUGUUCCAGAUAUCAUCUUGCCUCACAACAUCAAUGACAAGCUAGACAACUUUUGUUAUGACUUCACCUUGGAAAACUCAGUGCUUUGUGAGCCGUGACUCUCUAUCUUUAACAUGCGAUGAACUAUGGUUGACAUGAUACUCCUUGUCCGUUUGCCUUUUCUUAAGAACAUUUCUUAGUUUCAGUCAGCUGGCCUAAAAAUUAGUUACUAACCAUAAUGUGGUGGGCUCGCUCUGACACAUCGUCCAAUCAGAAAAAAGAUAGUGAAGUUAGCGUCAAGAUGGUUUACAGUCUCUCAGGAUGUUACAACAUUUGCUUGUGUGAAAUGAGUGUUACUGCCUCAUUUUUAAAUGACUAGUUUACAUAAAAAUGAAAAUUCUGUCAUUUACUCACUGUUGCUGUACCAAUGCCGUAACACUUUUUUCGAUAUAACAUAAAAGGUGGAUAUUUAAAGAAAGUCCUGGCCACUAUUUUUCAUAGUGGCUUUCAAGCUCCAAAAUGACAAAAAAAAAAAAGCAUCAAUGAAGAAUCAUAAGUGGUCCAUAUGACUUCUGAAUUAAUAACAUUUUUGUGUGAGGAAAAUACUAAAAUCUAAGUUGUUCGUUCUGCAAAAAAGAAAGUUAAGUUUGGAACGAAAUGAAGGUAAGUAGAUAGUGAAUCUUAUAUAUUUUUUAAUUGUCAGGUAGACGAGUGUUUGGAAGAUUUAUUCUGGCUUUAAUUUUUUUUAAAUGUAGCUUUUGACUGUUGGGUGCAGAACCAUAAGAAGAUAUGCUGAAAUGAAAUGAGUUUUGAUUAUUGUUUUGAAGCUACUGAAUUCUUUAUCAGUUUAAUUCGACUGUUUGACGUUUCAGAAAUCACAUUCUGUGUUGGCAUUUCCUCAAUUUUUACAAAGCUAAUUCAAGACUCUAUAGACUUUACUUGCCGAUGAGUCACUAAAAUCGUUCAUGAUGCACAGAAAAAAAUUUUUUCAGUAAUAUAACUGUAACAGGUAAUGGAGUUCUGAGAAAUGUUUAAUCAAUCAUAAUGGCCUUUUGGCUUGUCCACUGUUUGAUGUAUGCAAUAAGAAACCUUAGUAAUUCACUUAUGUUAGGAUUGCACUUACAUUGCAGUUUGGGACUUAGGAAUAAUCAUUAUAAAAAGGCUAACAUUAUAGCUCAAAUUUUUAAAUGUGUAUUUGAAAUCAUUGAUUUGUUUUCCUUUUUUUGUACAUAUCCUAUCAUAUUUUUUUGUGUGUGUGUGCACGUUGAAUACAUCAGCUGAUGUUUGAUUUAAUGCAUGACAUUUUGAGGUUCUGCCAUCAACAUAACACCCUAUUUUGGAGGGCAGACAUGUAUUAUAGCAUUUACUAUUCUGUUGAAAUAGGACACUGUUUAUCUUUCUUUCAUCUGAAUAUUGGUUAUUGAAUGGGUUUAUCAUGUGUGCUGCUAUUUACACAUUGCACUCAGGAGUCAGAAGUCUCUUCACUUCCUCUGUACCUUAUUCUUGUUGUUGGAACUUAGUAAUAGUUUAGUUUAUUUAAUUGAUAUCCCGCAUCCAUUUUUACAUUUGAUUAUUUAUCUUUGUAUUGGUUUGUCUCAAUUGACGUCAGCAUCAUCCUUGUAAUUUAUUUCUGAUCUAACCUUUUUAAAACACUGAAACAACUGUACUGUUCAAAUAAAAUGGGGCUGUGUUUGCAUUGUAGAUUGUUUGCCCUUUAAAAAAAUCUGUUAAAUAAUUGAAUGGCACUUCAGGUAAUUGUUAUGUGGUCACCUCUUCAAUGGACUGUCCUUUCCUAUCUGUUCAUGACUGAGACAGUCCCACAGACACAAAUCCCAAAUUAUGUUUAUGCUACAUGUCUGAAAUGAAGGACAAAAUUUAAUGAAAUAUUGGUUAAUAAAAAUUUUGUUUGAUUAAAAUGGUUUGUUUCUAUUUGUUUUUAAGUCGUCAAAUGUAU